AACCUCCACAGCACAUAUUAAACCACUGCGGCGUGCCACGGACUGUAUUUUUCCCGCAUCAGUUUGUCUUCUGAAGGUGAUUUUCCAUCAUGGCAGCAAUGAAAUCUGCCUUGUCUAAGGAUCAGGAGAAGCAGCUCCUCUCUCUUCUCGGUCGUGUCAAACUCCAUCUGCUCCACAAAGCCAGCAUCCAUGGGUUCACUGCUGAUGUCUUCCACAGACACUGUGACAGUCAAGGGCCCACGGUUAUUGUAGCCUACAAUGCUGCCGGGUUCAUCUAUGGAGCCUACACCUCCAAAGAUUACACUCAAGGUGGAAAUGGUGUCAAUGAUGAGAAGACAUUUCUCUACAGUAUCAGUGCUGAGAGAAACAAACCACUGAGGGUAGCAGCUAUCAGCGGGCAGUGUGCUUUCACUGAUGGAGGCACCGGUCCAAAUUACGGUGCUCUGGUUUUCUUACAUGAUAACAAACCUGAAGUGCAGUCAAAUCCAGGCACAGGCUUCAACUUUCAGGCUGCAGAUAUGCAUGGAAAUGACUUGACACUGACAGAGUUCGAGGUGUAUCGAGUUGAAGACCUAGAAGAUCUCUUGCCCAAGGCCUGGAGGAACAUCGAAUGGACAGCUGAAAAAAAACAGCAACUGAUGAAGGCUAUCCUGAACUAUAAGCCUGACAUCAAAACAGUACACCAAGCCCGUGUGUUGUUGGUAGGCCCGAUUGGAGCAGGCAAGUCCAGCUUCUUCAACUCCAUCAACUCAGCAUUUCGAGGCAACAUGACUUCCCAGGCCAUCGCUGGCACAGCGGGGGCGAGUGUGACCACUCAGUUUCGCACUUACACCAUCAAGGCAGGGAAAGGUGGUUGCGUCGUCCCACUGAUCCUCUGUGACACAAUGGGGCUGGAGGAAAAUGGUGGUUUGGACAUUGAGGACUUGGUCAACAUCUAUAAAGGUCACAUCAAGGAUCGCUACCAGUUUAGCACAUCUGGCCCUAUUCUAACAGAUGCUCCUGGCUAUAAGAAGCAUGUGACUCUGAGUGACAGGAUUCACUGUGUGGUGUAUGUGGUCGACACCUGCAAGGUCUCUAUUCUCAGCCAAAAAGUGCUGGAAAAACUUUGUGCCAUCCGGAGAAAAACUAAUCAGCUGGGAAUUCCUCAGCUGUUGCUGAUGACUAAAGUGGACGAGGCCUGUCCGCUGGUGGCGGAAGACUUAAAGAAUGUUUAUCGCAGUUUUUACAUCCAGAAGAAGGCGCGUGAGCUGAGUGAGUCUCUGGGCAUCCCGUUAUCCUGUAUACUGCCGGUGAAGAACUACAGUGAGGAGCUGGACCUGGACCAGGACACUGACACUCUACUGUUUGGUGCUGUGCAGCAGAUGCUGAACUUUGCAGACAGCUUUUUUGAGAAUCAGGCUGAAAUUCAGGAAGGGAAUGAUCAGAUGGAGCUUUACAGAUCCAGUGAUAUUUCCCGCCCUGAUUAUCGAGAACAGAAAGAACAUCAGAUUAUUUGAAAUCCAAAACAUAUAAGCUUCCCAAACUGCCAAUUAAUUAGGUUCUCCAUAAUGGUUGCAACAAAUUAUCUUAAAGUAAAACCCUUGUAUUGUAGGCAAACUGAAACUAUGUUUGUUUCAUGAGUGAAACAAUAAAAACAUUUAUAAAUAUUCACUGUUCAUUUCAUGUCUCCAAAGAUGUGCCAGCACAUUGCAUGCUGCUUUCUCUAAACUAAAAGCCACUGGGUCAAAAUGCCAUCUUUUUGUGCUCUGAGGCUAAAAUCAUUGAGCUCAGUUAAAGUCAUUAACAGAUGCCACGUGAUCCAAUCAUGGGUCCUGACUUAAGGAUCUUGAGGUAGAUCCUUAAGUCAGGCUUGAGUUUCAGAUCCUUAGAAGCAGAGUCUGUUGUGUGCACUUCUUUUGGAUAUUCUGAAAAUAUUAAUUUGCAAAUAUAUUCAUCCGUGUCCUGCUCUUAUUGUGUAAAAAUAAUAAAAAUAAAGGAAA